UUUUUUUAUUACAUUUAUGAAAGUUUACCUUAAAAAUAAUUAAAUUCCAAAUCUCAAAAUAACAUUUAAAACUAAACUUAUCAUCGCUAAAAAAGAAAAAAAAAAAAAAAAGAAAAAAAGAAAAGAGAAAGAAGGAAAUAGAAAAAGAAAAGGAGGAGUAUUUAAAGAGGAGGGAAUGUGUAGGAAGAUGAUUUGAAACAAAACAUUCCUAUGAGAUUACAUUUUUCCUUUUUCAAAUCUCUCGAAAACUGUAUUCAGAGAGAGAGAGGUGAAAUAAAAAAGGAAAAAGAGAUAUAACAAAAUCUUAGUUUCCGUUGCCUUUUUUCCCUUCAAAUUUUGGCUUAAAAAUAUUCCCAAAUUCACUCCUCACUCCACAAAUCCCAACAAUGUCUUCAACUCAUUCUCGCUUCAAGUUCCGUGAACGCCGCUCCGUCACCGGCAUCACUCUUCCGCCCGAUUCCGCCGCCCCACGGAUACUCCGCAUCUUUGUCACCGACUCCGACGCCACCGACACUUCCAGUAGUGACGACGACGACGACGACGCCCAACUCCUCCGCCUCGUCCGUCGCCACAUCAACGAAAUCCACUUCCACGAUUCGACGCACUCCAAGCCCAACGAACUCCAGCCGACCAAGAAAUUCCGCGGCGUGCGGCGGCGGCCGUGGGGGAAAUUCGCGGCGGAGAUUCGAGACCCGAUAAAACGCACUAGAAUCUGGCUAGGAACCUUUGAUUCGCCUGAGGAAGCCGCAAUCGUCUACGAUCAAGCAGCGAUUCGAUUCCGAGGUCCUGAUGCCUUAACGAACAUCAUAAAGCCGCCGCAGCGGAAUCUUCCGCCGGAGGAGAUUUGUGAUUCUUCAAUGGAAAUCGCCGAGGACGGGGGAGGAAUGCGUUGCUCUCCAACUUCGGUUCUGAGAGACGACUAUUGGAGUGCGACGGAACUGUUGGGAGAUGAGAUGGAGUUUAUGGAUAAUUACUACGGGGCGCCGAGGAUAUUUGUGGAGGAAAGGAGCAUACCGGAGACGGCGAUGUUUUGUGGGGGUUUGUGGGAGGGUGCGGUGGAUUUGGACGGAAAUUUCGGGUCAUGUAAAUGGGAUGUGGGGACCUGUUUUGAGUGAAAGGAGGAUUCACUUUUUGCAUUGAUUGACCACUACAAACAUCGAGUCAACAACUCCGAUGUGGUUUACCUCCUUACAUAUUUAUUCUAAUUUGCUUCAUUUUUUUUUUUUUUUAAAAGGAGUUCAGAAAAUGUGGCCAAAAAAUUGUAAAUGGAGCACUACUUGUUCUUUUUUUCUUUUUUUCUUGAGUAUUGACUGUUGUAUUUAAACUUUGUUA